AUGUUGAGAGUUAAGGCAAAAAUAACCGUUGAAGAUGCUAUUAAAAGUAAAGCUGACAAAGAUGAACUUGACGCAACGAACAAAGUUUUGAAAUCUCAUAAACACAAUAUCUCCGAUAUAAAUGAACUUCAAGCUACAUUAAAUAGUAAAGCAGACAAGAACCAUACACAUGAAUCCUUCACUACUGUUAGAGCAGACGACAUAAUAUUGAACUAUACCCUUGGUUCAAGUGCACCUUUAGAGAAUCCGAGUACAAGCGUAAAAGAUACACUAAACUCCUUAAAUAACAAAUGUAUAAAUAUCGAAGGUCAUGUCAGAAACUUUGAAACAUAUAAACUACCAGCAAUGUUAGAUAAAAAAGCAGAUAAAGAACAUACACAUAACUCCUUCUCAACUGUUGCUAUAGAAAGUAUUGAAGGAACGGUUGGCGGAACUGGUGGGGAUGCAUUAUAUUAUAAACCUCCUAACUUUCCACAAGGUUUAACAUCGAAUGAAAACAUAACAACGAAGAAAGAAAUUAGCUGUAAAAAUGUUUAUGUCAUGGAUGAUGAAAAUAAUGUUAAAUUCACUGCUCAAGAUUUAUAUGAUAAGAAAGCAGACAAAACAGAGCUUCAAACAUUAAAGACUGAAAUACUUCAAACAUUAUAUCCUGUUGGUUCUAUUUAUACGUCAAUGAACUCAACAAAUCCAGCAACAGUUUUAGGUUUUGGUACGUGGCAGCAGAUUGUAGAUAAAUUCUUAUACUGUGCUAACUCUUCAAAGCAAACAGGAGGUUCGAAGAAAAUUAAAGAAGCAAACCUUCCACCGCACACUCAUACAGGAACGACAAACUUUUCUGGCGACCAUUGCCACUCAUUAAGAGACCACCCAUUAUACAACUCAGAGUAUGAAGCUGGCCAUGACGUUUUAUCUCCAUCUUAUAACAAUUCAGCAAAAAAGAUUUUUCGACAAACUGAACCGGGAGGAAAUCAUUCACACACUUUCACAACAAAUCCAACAGGCUCGGAUGCAGAUUAUAUGCCACCAUUUGUGACUAUAUUCGCAUGGUACCGCGUUCAAUGA